AGAGCGCUCACACUUCCGCCACCAACUGACGACGAAGAAGAAAACCGGCGCUGAUUUUGAACUUUGAAGAAGAAGAAUGUGCAAACUUUAUCGGACAGGUGUGGCUCUGCUGCUGGAAUAAACGACCUGGCCUCGACUUUUAACAUCGUAAGGCGUUAUUAUUAAUGCUCGUCGCACUACCACGGGACCUACUGUGCACAGCUGCAGGAAGACAGUAUGGAGUCGUCUGCGGUGAACCUGUACAACCAGUUUCAGAGUCUCACGGGCCAGGUGGACGGUCUGAAUGAGAGCAUUGAACCACAAUUCCUCCAGAUGGCCCUGAACUUUGAGGAGUGCCGUAAGAAGUGGCUGAAGGUGGGCGAGGAGCUGGUUUCCUGCAAAGAGAUUCUGGCUAAAGCAGAGACCGAGAAGGGAUCCCUGGAGGUCAAACUGAAACACGCUCGCAACCAGGUGGACGUGGAGAUCCGCCGGCGGCAGAAGGCCGAGGCGGUCCACGAGAAACUAGAGCGACAGCUACAGCUGAUCCGAGAGCUGCUGAUUUCAGAGACCGGUGGUGGCAGCAUCCUAAGUGAGGAGCAGCGCUCAGCGCUGGCCUUCCUCAGUGCCCACUCCCAGGCAGCACAGGCUGCUAAAACCAACCUCAACUCCAGCAGAAGAUUAACUAUUAUUGAUGAAUCCACUUCUUUGCUGUCAGACAUCAGCUUUGACCAGACGGACGACUCUCUGGACUGGGAUUCCUCUGUCAUGAAGAAUGUGAGACUGCGCAAACGCCAGAAACGACGGUCCUCCAGAAAACUGGACGUUCCACCACAGUUAAUGAAGAGACCCCGCUCCACUGGACGUCCAUCAGAUAGGGUUAACGAAUCUAUCGUGGCCAAAACAACCAUCACUGUGCCUGUGAACGGUGGCGCCGUGGAGGCCAUCUCCACCAUUGAAACGGUGCCCUACUGGACGCGCGGCAGAAAGAAGAGCGUUGCUGCGGCGUGGGCUGAUACAACCACUACUGAUCAAUCUGAGACUGUCAGCGAGGCUCCCAGCACGCCACUCUCAGGUUUUCCAGCCCAACCCAAAACCCCCAAAGCCAACGGCGGAGGGAAGAAGCACCACUUCAUCCCCAAAACAGUGAUUAGGUCUGAGUUCUGUGUGCCAUGUGGAAGAAGAACAAAGUUCGGGAAGCUGUAUCUUCGCUGCCAAGACUGCAGGGUCGUGACUCACCCAGAGUGUCGUGACCACUGUCCCCUGCCAUGUGAUCCUGUAGCUAAUGGCACCCCCAUCAAGAACACGGAGGCCGCCCUGGCUGACUUUGCUCCGAGCACCUCCCCAAUGAUCCCGGCUUUGGUCGUCUACUGCAUUAAGGAGAUUGAACACAGAGGCCUGCAAGAGGUCGGCCUCUACAGAGUCUCGGGCCACGAGCGCGUGGUUAAAGAACUGAAGGAGAAGCUCAUUAGAGGAAAGACUCUGCCUCCACUUAACAAAGUAGAAGACAUCAAUGUCAUUACAGGUGUCCUUAAAGACUUCCUCAGAAACCUCCCGGAGCCACUGCUCACUUUCCGCUUCAACAAAGCCUUCAUGGAAGCAGCUGAAAUCCAGGAUGAGGACAACAGUCAUGCCAUGUUAUAUCAGACCAUCAGUGAGCUGCCUCAACCCAACAGAGACACUCUCGCCUGCCUGAUGAUACAUCUGCAGAAGGUGGCUCAAAGUGCGGCCACCAAGAUGGAUGAAAGAAACCUGGCCAGGGUGUUUGGCCCCACUCUCGUGGGUCAUGCUGUGGCCAACCCGGACCCCAUGGUCAUCCUGCAUGACACCAACAGACAACCAAGGGUUAUAGAGCGUAUGCUCAGUAUUCCAGGAAGCUACUGGAGCAAGUUUGCCUAUCCAGAUAAUGAAGGCAUGGACAAUGCUCACCGCACAGACACUCCCCGCCAUAAAGUGAGCAUGCUGGGACCAGUGACCACUCCAGAGCACCAGAUGAUGGCCAAAACACCUUCCUCCAGCUCGCUGUCUCAACGCAUGAUGCAGACCCUGUCCAGCGCCACCCUAUUUGGGAGCAAGAGCAAAGCCACGUCCGCCUCCAACUGCCAAGGCAACUUCUUCGAAUCUCCAAAACUGAAGUGAUGGGAAGAAAAAAAAAACGCUCGCUCAUGUUCGUCGUUCUUCUGGGUAAUUAACUGCAGUAACAAUCUAUAUAUAAGUAUAAUCAAGUUGGAAAUUACUGUGCAAUUUAACCAUGUAACCAGUUUCUAACAGUUAUUUUUAUUCAAGUGUUUUUAUAACUUACCAGACAGAUUUUUUGUUUUUCUUUGAAAAGAUGAGCGAACGUAUGGUUUCUUUGACUACUGCUUAACCUGUUUCAUUGAUCAAAACUGUGGUAUGUGUGACUACAAGAGGUUUCAAGGUUUUAAAAGACCAAGCAAACCAUUCUACAUUAACUCGAUGAUCAAUACUGUGUGUGUGAUGCUCAAGAGCUGAGUAUUCUUUAGCGCUCGUCUUUGAACCCGUGGUUGUAACCACGGUGACAAGGUUGCAGCAGCACAUGUGGAAUUAACAAAGAGUGGAGAAGCUGUUUUAUUGGCUAGUUGCUCCUUGGUUGCUUUGUGAUUCUCAGCAAACAUCUGUUUUUAUGGCAUUUUGUUUUAUAUUUAUGUUGAUGUGCUGUGAUAUAUACCAAGCAUGUAUUUUUUUUAUUUUCUAAAAAAAAAAACUUUUGAUCACUUUAACAAUCUAUGAAGACACUGAUUGGGAAUGACGUUGCAUUUUGCACUCCUUUAAAAAAAAAAAAAAAAAGAGGAAGAAGUAUUUCUGACACUAGAGGCUGCUGUUGUACCACUGUUGAUAUGCAAGCCUCUGCCAAUAAAAAUAAACUACUGUAUGCUAUGUACCUGUCAGAAUUACUAAUACAAUCAUAAUGAUAAGAUCAUUAAAAAUGUUACUCUGCUAAACGAGGACAGUUCAGUCAAGAGAUCUGAGACUGAAAUCAUUCAUUUAUGGAUGUGGAAGCUGAUUUGCCUGCUCGCUAACUUAAGUGUUUCUAACCACUGAAGCUUUUUUUGUAUGUUACGCUCACAAUAUGCAAAGAAGUAAGUCUAGUCACCUCUGACAGAUCGUACCGUGACUAUGGGGCUGAUCGGAGUUUUACUUACUUAGGGUGAAAACUGAUUCAAGGUAUUUAAUCGUGACGAAAUUAAACUUGAGUUUGUGAAAAGACUCUAACACGGCAUUGUUUUAUACAUAGCGAUAUAUUCUUGUACAUUUAUUCUUUUAUAUGCGUCUAAUGAAAUACCGAUUGUCUAACUUCUACCAAAGAUCUAUUGGACUGAAUGUUCAUUCCUUUGUCUUAACUCAAAUAAGGACAUGACAGCCCGUGCCUGAGCUGAGAAUAAAACAUUUAAGGAUGGGU